CCCUGUGACAGGAAACCCGAUGGUUUCAACAUGGCGGGCCGCGUUGUGCAAGAAUCAACGGAGCUAUUUGUAAAACGUUUCGGCAGUAAGCCAGAGAUAGGGGGAUGCGCUCCUGGACGUGUGAAUCUGAUCGGAGAACACACAGACUACAACGAGGGUUUCGUAUUCCCAAUGGCUCUCGAUCUAGUGACUGUCAUAGUGGGUGCAAAAGUUGACGGAGAGACUUGCAAAAUUGUCACCUCAGCUGAAGGCACUGAUGGCCCAGACAACAUAGAGUUCCCCCUCCCCUCUCCUGCCAAACCACUAUCUCCUGGUAACCCAUCCUGGGCAAACUACAUCAAAGGAGUUAUUGCCAACUUUGGUUCACCAAUUCCAGCUUUUAAUGCAGCCAUAGCAACAUCAGUGCCACUUGGUGGAGGGCUGUCCAGUUCAGCGUCACUGGAAGUGGCAAUGUUUACAUUUCUUGAACAACUUAGUGGUCAUGUGAGGAAAGAUUUAAAAGCCAAGGCAUUGGCCUGCCAAAAGGCAGAGCAUGAGUUUGCUGGAAUGCCAUGUGGAAUUAUGGAUCAGUUUAUAUCGGUGAUGGGGAAGAAGGGCAAUGCCUUGCUUUUAGAUUGCAGAUCCAUGGAUUACAAGUUGAUUCCCUUAGCAGACCCUGACCUAGCCAUCCUUGUAACCAAUAGCAACGUCCAUCACAAGCUAACAGGAAGUGAAUACCCUACGAGGAGGAGACACUGUGAGGAAGCGGCUGCUGCUAUGGGCAAAAAAAGCUUGCGUGAGGUGUCAAUGGAUGAGCUUAUAGCUAAUGAGGACAAGCUGGAGAAGGAAAUUUAUUGCAGAGCUCGACAUGUUGUGGGUGAAAUAAAGAGAACUUGUGAUGCUUCAUCCGUCCUUCAAAACAAUGACUAUGAAGCCUUCGGAAAGUUAAUGGUUGAAAGUCACAACUCACUGAGAGAUGACUAUGAGGUCAGCUGCACAGAGCUUGACACUCUAGUAAGACUUGCUCUCGAAGUAGAAGGCGUCUAUGGCUCUCGCAUGACCGGCGGGGGGUUUGGCGGAUGCACCGUGACACUUCUCAAGCGGGACUCAGUUGAAAAGUGUAAGGCCCACAUCAAGGAAGGAUACCAAGAAGCUACGUUUUUUGUUAGUAGCCCGGCCGACGGCGCUCGUCCAGUGAAUAUAUAAAAACAACUAUGCCAUUUAAUAUGCGGAACCCAGACUAAUAGCCAGGGGACCACACCCCCGGGGUCGCCAAAAUAUGCUCUUUCUUAUUCAAAAACUUUUUUCAGAAUUGUCAAUACAGUUAAAAAAAAACGGAUGUAAGAACCUAGUGAUUUAAGAUUUGAGAAGGAUUUUAAUACCCCGAAAUAUAAGAACCUACCCAGCCAAAAAAUUCAAAAUGUUCUUUUAUCAAUAUUUACUCCAUGAAAAGUGAGACCAAAUAUUGGGCUUUGAAAUAUAAAUUUGCUAAACAUUUUGAUCUUCCAUAAAGAAAAGGUUACAGAUAUAACAUACGUACAGGUGGAUUCUCUAUAGUGGAUGAAGGUUGUCAGUGCAAAUGGCGAAUGGCAAAUUGCUUAUUGGUACUAAUUAUUCGUAAAACUAAAGGUGUUAAAUAAAGUCAAGCAAUGUCAGAGCCAAGCAUUGGUAACCUUUAAUGGAUAAAUGUUUUGAUUUAUCUAUAUUCUUCGAGACGCAUGGUUACUUUCGGUCGUAGAACUGCAUUUUGCCAAUCGCUAUUUGCACUGACAACCUUUAUUGAAAUAGGUGUAUAUUCGGUCACACUUCUGUUAUUAUGAAUCUUACUGUUGAUUAAGCAACUUGGGAAAAAAUUAAGAACCUAUAAGAAAAAAAAAAGAAUUUAUUGUGCCUUAAUUGUUAGUAAGUACCCCAACAUAUAAAAACCUGUUUUGCCAGACUUGGAAAAAUCUAGGUUAUUACACGCGGAUUUUUUUACUUCAUAUCUACAAGUGCGCAUGCCCCGUAGACAAUCCUGGCCACGCGGCUAAAAAAGUAUUAGUUAUGAUAGUAGAAAUAAUAAUAAUAAGAAGAAAAUGACGUUUUAGGUGCGUCCCAUAAGUCUUAAAAAAGACAGAUAAUAGGUCUAUGUAAUGAAAUCAAAUACAAUGGUAUAAUACAUAAAAUAAGUAAUUGUAAUUUCAGGAAUCUUAAAUGCUAAACGUAUCAUCGGCAGCGUUAAACUAAGAUAUUUUUAAUCUGUAUGUAUUUUGUCCAAUCGAAGCUCUUUUUAUUAAAAAUGAAUACCGUA